AGCGAGGAGGACACUGAGGACAGCGCCUCCAGCAACUCUGGCACCGCGCUGCCCGCGCCGCUGGCCCAGCCCCGCCGAGACGGGGGCGCGGGACGAGCUGCUCCUCCCCGGGCGCCCCUGGGGCGCCGCCCCGCCCACGCCCGCGCUCGCUUGACGGCGGCAGAGAGGGAAGCGCUGGACGCGACAGACGCAGCAUCUGUGCUCCGGGCCCGCGUGCCAACCCUCCAACGGGCGCCAGCGUUCGCGCGGGGGCCGUUCCGCAACGCCCUGCGCAAAGCUUUGGAGCUGAUCCGAGAGGGCGAAGCAGACGAGAUAGGAGCAGCGAGAGGGUGGAAGCUGUUCCUCCUGCCCCCACGACUGCUCUUGAGGAGAGAAGCGGGGCAGCAAAGGAUCCCCAAGGAGCAACGCCUGGAGAGGUUCACCCGCUUCGAAGCUGGAGACUGGGCGCAGCUUCUGACAGACGCACAGCCGGGCCCGCCGCGCAGGCCGCCCGAGCGAGACGCGAACGGGCAGAGCAGGGCGCCCGAGGCACGACGGGGCCGGGCGCCAGACGAAAACGAGGAGCUCCGCAGCCGCUGCGAGAGGGCCCGCGAGCUGAUCCGCCUCGGCGAGGUCUCGGCGGCGCGGCAAGCGCUGACAGCGAGCGCGGUGGCACCAGGCACACAGGCCACUCUGGACGAACUCCGGGACCCGGCACGCCGCCUGCAGCAGCCGAGAGAGCAGCUCAGCGAGCGAGCCGCCCGCGCGCCGCCGCAAGGCCUCGCCAGCCUGGAACCAGACCGCCUCCUCACGAACGUGCGCAGGAGGAUGACGGGAGAACACUUGCAGACGCUGCUGGACGACGAGCACUGCUGCGACCUCCUGCACCACGCUGCCACGCUCCUUGCGAGGGCGGAAAUCCCUGGCCCCGUGGCAGAGGCCAUCCUGGAAGAACACCGCCGCUUGCUCGCGAGGAUACCACACGUCGGGGACCUGCAAUCCUCGUGGCUCCUGCUCAGCAUGUGCGCCAACCCCCGGGCCAACUUCUUCCUGAGGGCGCUGGACACGGCCGCCUUCGCCGCAGCGCACGACGACAACCUGGCCAACGCGCUCGCCGACUUGCUGGAACUCCCGCAAGAAGCUAUGCUCCGCGAACGCUGCCCCGAGCUCACAAACCAGAUCUGCGCUGCACUGAGCGAGCUGGACCGGGGCCCGCUGCCGGCCGCUCCCGGGUGCUUGCAACAAGCCAGCAGGGCAAAGGAGCACCUCUCGGCGCACGGCUUCGCCGCGCCCAACUGGCACGACCUUGCGCAGGGCGCCCGGCCACCGCCGACGCACGAACGGGAGCACGGCGAAUGGGCGCACGGCUGGCAGUUCUGGGCCGCCAGAGUCUUGGAGAACACAGCCCGACAGCAGCUCCUCAACGCCUCCACGCCACCGGACCGCGCCCUCCUCCGGUCACAGAGCGGGCCGUGCGCGGGACGAGCCUUCACCGCGCUGCCCACGACGGGGGACUUCCACAUCCCGCCGGCAGAAUUCAGAGUCCUGCUCCUCAGGCGCUUGCGAUUUGAUUUACCCUUCGCAGCGAGCGCUUGCAGAUGCAGAGGCAGACUGGACGCCAGAGGUGACCACAGAGCGGCGUGCCCAAGGGCAGGGGUGCUCAAGAAGAGAUCCAUCCCAUUGGAGAAAGCGGCUGCACGUAUCUGCCGCGAGGCCGGGGGCCGAGUCGCAGAGAAUCAGCUCCUGCGAGACCUCAACGUGGACGGCGUCGACCCCCGCGACGGGCGCAAGAUCGAGGUCAUCGCGAACGGCCUGCCGCUCUGGGGAGGAGCGCAGCUGGCGAUUGACGCGACCCUGGUGUCGCCAGUCCGCACCGACGGCACCGCGCAGCCCAGAGCCGCGGACGAGGACGGAGUCCAGCUCGCGGUCGCGCGGGGCCGGAAGGAAGCGACCUACCCCGAGCUCAUCGGGUCAAGGAGAUGCCGAUUGGUUGUGCUGGGCUUGGAAGUCGGCGGCAGGUGGUCCGAGGAGGCCCUGACCUUCGUCCGGCUGCUCGCCAGGACCAGAGCCCGCAGCGCGCCGCAGCGACUCCGAGCGUCGGCGCGGGCGGCGCACCUACACCGCUGGACAGGCUUGGCUGCGGUCGCGGCCCAGAGGGCGUGCGCGGCCACGCUGCUGGAGUUGCCGCCGCACACCCUGGCCGUCGACGGGGACGAGCCGCACCUCGCCGACCUCCUGGCGGACGCCCGCUACACGGAGACGCCGGCCCCUAGCCGACUGCCGCCGUGUUUCUGA